GGUACAGAAAGUGUACUGUUAAAAUGUAUAUAAUGUUAGUAUAAUUCACACAAAAUUGUUUAUUUUCAUAUACUUUCCUAAAGAUGAGCGUUUCCCUUUAAUUGCUGUGAUGUCAUCAUGAGCCUGCUCAAUUUCCUGUUUUGUCUCCUCCUCUUCCUCUUGGCAUUGUUAAUGGAUGGAAGAGGUGGGUUAUUUUCCUGUUCCUGUUUAUGCUCCUGUUGAUCUAAAUUAAUCUUUAUUUUAAUUGUUGUUUUUAUGUCUAUAUUUUCAUUCUAAUUUAUGUAUAUAAUAUUAUUUUACAUAUCUGUGUGGUUAUUUUAGUCAUUUCAUCCUGUUUUAGUUAUAUUUUUGUGUUUGGCCUAUAUGUGGAAAUGAGAGCACAUGUGACAAGUGUACAUUUGUGUUAUAGAAGCAAUAAGGGCGAUUUAUUCAGAGGAUGCUCUUUGUGUGUUAAAUAUCAGUAAAUCCAGAGAGAUACCGCCGCCUGUUGUCUCGUGUCUGAUUUCAUCAACAACUACACAACGCAGACAGUUUCAUAACUGGUGUCGCGAGCCACCGGUUACACGUGGUGCCGUGAGCCCUUCGGAUUUCGCAUGAUCGGCCGCGCGCCGAUCGCCGGAGUUGCUGCUUCUACAGACGACGGUGUGCUGUGAGAUCGCUGGAGGAGUGUUCUGCUGAUCGCGGAGGCCGCAGAUCGUUUCAUCUCGUCAUCAGCGUUCAACUAUCUGCUGCUCAUAUCACGUAGGAUUGCUAUAGGUUGAACGUUUGCCUUUUAUGAGCUGUACUGAACUGUUCUUUGCGUUGCUGCAAGCUCAAUGACUUUUUUUUUUUUUUUUUGUCGUCACAUUUUUUUUCUGUCCUCCAUGAAACUUCACACUGAACUGUUUUGAGUCUACAUGACCAGAUUUCUGUAAGAUACAUUUAUCUGAAUACUAGUUAAGUGAUUUCAGUGUUUUUAUUUAUUUUAUUUUUUUCCUGAAACUGUUAUUGCCUUUCUCUUUUUUUUUUUUUCUAUUCAAACUGAGUCAUGUUUGAGGACACUGUCAGUCAGGAUGAUUUUAGCCCUGUACAACGGCCUAGUGCCAUGUUCCCAGUAGGCAGGGGUAGAGGGGCUGUACUUAACCAUCCUGACAAUAUGUCUGGAGUUUCACCUCAGUGUUUUGGUAGAGGGAGGGCACUCUGUAAUACUGAAAUUGACCGUGUACUUGCAUCUGAUUCAGCUAUUGGUAUGUCAGGGAGCCCAGCUGCUUGCUCUACCCCUUUUACACGCCCAAAUGCUGAUCACGUCAUUACCCCUGAGUCUCUAGGAGGUCUUAUUUCUGAUUUAGCACAGAAAAUUGGUGAGAGCAUUACAGCCAGUCUCAAUUUAACACAACAUCCCAGCCCAGUGCAGUCUAAGUCAAAUGUACAGCAGUCAAGUGAAUGUUUUGAUGCUUCUAAUUUGAAAGUCAUUGUCCAACAUGAUGUUGCCCCUCCACCGUUCUUUAGAGGUGAUCAAAGUGAUUCGUUUACAGUACAUGAAUGGGAAGAUUUGAUGAGCAGUUAUUUGAACAGUAAGAAAUGCACUGAUGAAACUGCCUCUGAUCUCAUUUUGAGCAGGUUAGCUGGGAAAGCGAGGGAUGUAGUCAAAGUGUCCUUGCGCAGCUUCCCAGGGCCUACUGCUGCAGUCCCCACCACCACCGUGUUCGACAUACUGAAGCGAAAUUUUAGUGAGUUGAUGUAUUCAAACAUGCCUAUGGCUGACUUUUAUAACACCCUGCCUAGGGCAGAUGAGAGCCCAAUGGACUACUGGAUAAGGCUGAAUAAGGCGAUUGAUGUGGCUGAUGAGUGUUUGCGUAGGCGCAACAAGAGCGUUGAGGACCCUGCUACUGAGGCUGUCAUGAUGUUUAUCUCACACUGUCCAGAUCCUGGCCUUGCUUUGUCUUUUCAGUUCAAGCCUGCUGAACAGUGGAGUGCUGCUGAAGUUCAAGAGCGACUGGAUAGUCAUCGCAGGAACCUGAAGAGAGCUUUUGCUAGAACUUCACGCUCAUUGCCUGUGUCAGCUUGCCAUCAGAACUCUGUGACUGUCUGUGAAGAGCCUGUAUCCAGUUCUCUCAAUCAGCCUGAACUCUCCUCAAGUCAGUUACCAUGUUUAACUGGUCAGCUCAACCCAAACGCUGCUCCUUUUACUCCUGUCGAUAGUAUGCAGCAGUUGGUUGACAUGAUGGAUAAAGUUUUAUCUCUCUGCACUGCCUCAUUGUCCUCACCCAACCCAAACUGUCCUGUCAGAACUUCAGACCCCAAGCCCAGUUUUAGCUCAGCAUGUAGAGUAUGUCGAUCAAAAGAGCACACUACACAUACUCAUUGUAUGCGCCAGAGGCUUUGUCGUAACUGCUUUAAACCUGGACACUUUAAGAGCAAUUGUCCUAAGACGACGGGCCUUGAGCUGCCUUCUCCAGCCACCCAGUUAAACUAAAUAGCCCAUGUGCAGAAGGGGAUAACAUGGGCAGUGGUGUAUUUCCCCUAAAUAAUGAGUCAGACCCACAAGAAAUUUUUAAAAAUAGUUGCAAAUUGUUGCCACCCGACAAAACAGUGCUGUAUGUGGGAUCUCAGAAAAUUGAUGGAGCUGGUGAACUCUUUUAUGCUCCUGUGACUGUCGGUGGCCAGUCCGUACUGAAUGGUAUGCUAGAUUCUGGUAGUAUGGCUUGCACCCUGAGUACGGAAGGUGAAUCCAAGUUGUAUGCUGACGGAGUUCUCCCUCGACCUUCAGUGAUUCCUGGUGACGUGGUCCUGGUGGGCUGUGGUGGUCUUACUACUCAGCCUAAAUGCGCUUACGACCUGGAAAUCGAAGUCUACGGGUUCAAGUUCAUCGUACCAACCUUAGUAGUGCCUGGACAGAAGGAUGAGUUCAUUAUCGGCAGUAACGUCAUCAAAUGCGUGCUUCAGAAAAUGAAAGCCGAAAAGAAGUACUGGGAACUGAUUUCCUGUAAAAACAGCAACCCUGAGUGUGAAGAGUUUCUUGAGCUUUUGAGCUGUUUCUCGUUGGUC